AUGGUUCUCAAGAUCCGUCUCGCGCGCUUUGGCAAGCGCCAUGCGCCCUUCUACAACAUUGUCGUCGCCCACGCCCGAACCGCACGCGGCAGCAAACCUCUCGAAGUUCUCGGCACAUACGACCCCAUUCCGAAAACGCCUACCGACGGCAACGAGACGGCGAAGAAGUUCAAGGACAUCAAGCUCGACAUUCACCGCGCAAAGUACUGGUUGGGUGUCGGUGCUCAACCGAGCGAGCCUGCUUGGAGGUUGCUUAGCAUGAUUGGUCUCAUGGAACCGAAGUACAGACCAGGACAAGAACUCAAGAAGGAGGGUACUGUUGCAUGA